UGCUUGUAGCUGAAAAUAAAUUGAAAAUUAAGAACAAUUUCGUUAAUUAUUUUUACAAUUCAACUGAUAUUUUCUAUUAAACGAAAUAUUGCGCAUACGCCGCGUGUGUCGUGUUGAAGUCGAAAAGUAACUGUGCGUCAGCGACCGACUCCACCCAAAAUUAUACACCAAAUAUGUACCAACAAAUCUAGAGUGUACGAGUAUUAUAACCAUAAAAAAAAAACCACAACACUUGCAUGGCAAAUGUUUAAAAUUGUGUUGGUUUGGCGAGCUCGUGAAUGCGUUGAAGAAUCUUAAAUAAAAGGAAAACAAGGAAAAUGCUAGAAAAAUGCUUGGUGCUGGCAAAAUGUUGAUGACACAUUUCUCUGUCAUUUCGACCGCAUUCCUCGCAAUUCAACCUCUAUUCCUGUUGUUGCUGUGUUUCGGGCCGCCUUCGUUGCCGUCGUCAUCGCCGCAUGGCGUCUCGAUUAUGGUGCGCGCCUCAGCCGCGGAUGAAGCUGUUGGAAAGUGGGCCGCCCAGUUCGGAGAUGAGUUGUGGGAACUGGCGCAGCGCAUGACCAAAUCGCAGGAAAUUAAGGAGAAAUACCGGGAAUACAAUGCACGCGUUGAGGAGAAAAAUGGCACAGAACUCAUUCAAUCGAUUACGGCGAAUGUGGGAAAAAUGUUGGCGCGCAAAAUGGACGCAGUCCGUUGUAUUCAGGAGAAGGCGGAGUCGGCCAAUAAGAACUUUGAGUUUAACUUCACGCAGGCCCUGGAGGAGGUCAAGUAUUAUUCCAGCAAGUAUUCCGCCUUCAAUGGAAAUCGAUCGGAGGAGCUGCUGGAGGGCAUGCAGAUAUAUGAGGAUAUGUAUUUAAAUUUGACGCUCAACCCGGACACGCACUUCUAUAACAUUUCGGUGGAUACACAGCACAGUGCCGUGCAUGUGCCUUCCAAUGUCUACGAUCGUAGUCCGCGCGUCCUGAAGACUAUAGCGUGGUCCGAUCAACUGGAUGAAGUGUUUCGUCAGAAUUAUCAGUCGGAUCCUGCAUUGUCUUGGCAAUACUUUGGAUCCGAUACGGGUAUUUUGCGACACUAUCCCGCCUCACAGUGGACGGACGGACGAGUUAAGAAGUUGGAUGCGGACACGUACGAUUGUCGCAAGCGUUCGUGGUAUAUCGAGACAGCCACUUGUUCCAAAGAUAUUGUCAUUCUGAUGGAUCAUUCGGGCUCCAUGACGGGCUUUCGCAGUCAUGUGGCCAAGUUUACAAUUCGCAGCAUACUGGACACCUUCUCGAACAAUGACUUCUUCAACAUAUAUAGCUACUCCGCUUCGGUAGAGGACAUAAUACCUUGCUUUAGUGAUGCCUUGGUGCAGGCCACCCCCGAAAAUAUAAACGUUUUCAACGAUGCCAUUGCCAAUCUGCCCGACCCGGAGGGUUAUGCGAAUGUUACGUUGGCUUAUGAGAAAGCGUUCCAGCUUUUGCGCAAAUAUUAUGUACAAAGGCGUUGCAAUGAGACCUCCACCUGCAAUCAGGCCAUUAUGUUGGUUACGGAUGGUGUGGCCGGCAAUACGACCGAUGUUUUCGAGAAGUAUAAUUGGGGCAAUGGCGAGAAUGGCACUUCGAACAUGAAUGUGCGGGUGUUCACAUAUCUGCUGGGCAAGGAGGUGACCAAGGUGCGGGAAAUCCAAUGGAUGGCCUGCCUAAAUCGUGGCUAUUACUCCCAUGUGCAAACGCUGGACGAAGUCCACGAAGAGGUGCUUAAAUAUGUAGAUGUUAUAGCCACACCGCUGGUUUUGCAGGAGGAACAGCAUCCACCGACCUGGACGCAUGCCUUUACGGACAAGACGUAUGAUCCGAAAAACUCUACCGAGCGCAGACCUCGUCUCAUGAUAGCUGUGGGCGUGCCCGCCUUUGAUGAUUCCUACAAGAAUAGCACCAUGAGGCGAGCACGUCUCCUGGGUGUGGCUGGCACGGAUGUGCCCGUUGAAGAUAUCGAUAAGCUUACAUUGCCCUACAAGCUCGGGGUCAAUGGCUACUCCUUUGUGGUGUCCAACAACGGCUACGUACUCCUCCAUCCCGAUCUACGCCCUAUUGGUUCCAAUGGUAAAAUGAAUCCCAACUAUAAUAGCAUAGACUUUACGGAAGUAGAGCAUCUCUUUGAGGACAACAGUCCCCGAGAGCCGGGAGAAUCAAUUCUACAGCUUCGCAGCGCCAUGGUGCGUCAUAAAUCGGGCGAAUUUAAGGAUAUUCCCGUCAAAUUUCACUUCGACAACAUGCGUCGUGUGUCGGAAGAGAAGCAGGAUUAUUUCUUCGCACCGCUGCCAAAUACGCCCUUCUCCCUCGGCAUCGUAUUACCCAGUAAAUAUGGCAAAACCUGGAUAAAAGUGAGCGAAGAAGUAAAGAAGAAUACUUAUAUGAACGUUAGCAUAUCGGAUUUCUUCAAGGGAGAAAACUGGAAGGUUCACCCGGAUUGGGUCUACUGCAAAUAUCAUUAUCUGGAGGGGCACGAGUUCAGGACACCCGAAGCCGAAUUGCGAGAAUUUCUUGGCAAAAUGGUCAAGCCCGACUGGAAAUGGGCCGAGCAAUAUGCCGAGGAUGAAAAUAAUGAGUCCAGCGACUUAAAUUGCGGCCGCAAAACUCUGGGCGAUGAUGCCUACUACUGUAACCAAGAGCUGGUCCAUUUGCUGGUUUUCGAUGCCAAGGUCACAAAUUCUAGUUACGGUGAAUGGAAAUUCGAGAAUGAAGAGGAGAAGGCUUUAAUCGAAAGCUUCGGUGCCACACUGCGCUUUGUGGCCACCAUGAGCGGCUUGACGCGUUGGCAAUUCAUUUAUGGCGAGGUGGAAGUGGACAACGAUCAGGAAUUCGGCGACUACCAUACAACAUCUAUUGAUGAGACUUGGUAUAAGAGCGCCAUACUGCAGCACCAUCAGGAGCGCGACAGCUUUGUCUACUCGGUCAAGCACUACAACGAUCCCGCCCAGGAUGCCGAACUGAAGGUCACCGCCUCGCACGCCAUUUUUCCACGCGAUGGAGUCAAGGAGGCGCCCGCUUGUGUCGUCGGCUUCCAAUUCUCGCAUGCGCGCAUGAUGGAGCGCUUCUUUAACAUCACAGCCGUAGAUAAUUGCCAUGGCUGUUUACCCACCUGCAUGGACGACGAUAUAGAUUGCUAUGUGAUCGACACGAAUGCUUAUAUUGUGGUUGGACAGAAUAUUAAUAGCACCGGCAAAUUCUUUGGUGAAUACCAUGGGGAUGUCAUGGCUGCGAUGGUGGAGAAGAAUAUAUACCAAAGCAUAGAUGUCUACGAUUAUCAGCAGCAAUGCCGACUGGAUUUGGAUUUGUCCAGCGAUGGACAUAUUUUAUUGCAUCCGAUUCGCCUGCUCAGUCUGGCUUGGAAAUGGUUGGUUGCUCAGCUUUUCUGGCAAUAUCAAAAGUUCCAAUGGUGGGUCGAUGGUGCGCCUUUUCUGGACUAUUUGGACGAUAUUGAGGACGAAUAUGUGGCUGUGGGUCCUAAUGGCCCAGCGGCUGCCAAACCCAAAGAGGAAUCCGAUGAGGGGGAUGCCAAAUUUCAAGAGCCCGAACCGGAACCCAUCUACAAGCCCUGCGACAUGCGCUCCACAUUGUAUGCGCUUCAACCCAAGGCGCUCGAUAAAAUUAACGACGUCAUAGAAAUGCCGUCAACGCGUCCAUUUCUGGUCAAGAAGAUAACCAACUCUAAUUUGGUAUUAAUUGUGGUUAAUGUAUUGAUGCCUUCGCGUGUCGUACACCUCACCACCGAGCCACAACGCAUUGAGGACUAUGAGCUGGACUUUCCCUGUUAUAAACUGAAUAUGAGUUUCUACGAGCGACGACGAAUUGAGGAAUGCUUUACAGAACAUCCUGACGAGGAACUUUUUACCUAUUGCGGCAAAUCCUCGCGGCUUAGUCUUGCACUUCAGCUGCUGCCAUUGACCUUGAUUUUGAUGUUCUUUUGGACGCGCCACUUUUUGCGUUUCUAGUCCUGCAAAGUGUUUCUAGUUAUAUAUACAAACCUAGUUUCGUUUUCUAGACUUUACACAAUUAUAUAGUUCAAUACUAGUCAAAAGUUUAACAGCAACCUUUACCAACAGCACAACAAUGUAUAAACAGCAAAAAUUUAAAUGAAAAAUGCUAGGCAUGUAAUCGGGGGAUGCGGAUCAAAAGUUCGAAGACAGGCAAUAUUAAGGGUAUGGCAAUUAUUUGUGAAAAAUGUGGGAAAAAUCACAACUUAAAUUAUUAUUUUCUUAACUAUUUUUUUAGUGCCACUUUGUCUGCUCGCCAACCCCUGUUUUGUUUUUAUGUAAACAUUAAGCUUAAAGCCCGCGUUUCAGAAACAGUUUUAAAACAUAGUUUUAAAUGUUCAAAUUGAAAAAUCUAUGCCAAAUGUGUAACAAGCGUCAUAACGUGUUGAUGAUGACAAUUAUUUUUGUAAUUUUAUAAAAUUAGUUGGAUCUUUUAUAAAAAAACAAACAAACAACAAAACUGAACCAGUAAACAAAUAAUGCAUCCAGAAACAAAAAAUAUAGUCAAUAAUAUUUACACAUACUAUUAAAAGCAAACAAAGAAUCCAACCGAAGAACAUCUUGAGUCUUUCAAAAUUCAUUAGCUUUUUUGUAUACAAUCAAAAGAAUUAUAAUUACGAUUUUUCAACAAGACAAAGUAAGAGGAGUGUUAUUAUAUAUACUAUAUUUCUUAAUGUUUAUAUAGAUAUUCAAUUAUGUUUUAUACAAUAUGUGUAUAUAUAUGUAUGCGUGUUUGUAACGUUUUUGUAUUGUAAUGUAUUUUGUGAGAAGCAUAAAUUUUGUUUUUCGCACUCUACUCGUAAAUAGGACCACCUGGCGAUUUUGGAAUUCUAUUUCCUAAUUACUGCCUCCUAAAAGCAAAAGUCUUAAAACUUGUUUAAGUUAAAAAACAAAAACAAAACCAAAACCAAAAACCAAAACAUUUGUUAACAAUUUAUUGUGUUUCUCGACUUCUAAGCUACCGACACAAACUUAGUAACAUAGAAACAAAAACCUAAAUGCCUUUGUAUUUCGAAUGUGGAAACAUUUUAUGAACUUUAUGAAUUUAGACAAUGAAGGAAAACCAAUUUAAAAUUAUACUUGUACGAUUAUGUAUAAGCGUAAGUAUAUACACUGUUUAUUUGUUGUUCUUUUUCUAAUUGAAAACUAAAUGAAAUCAAAAUGAAGUGCGGUCGUUGUCGGGUAAGUGGAACAGCGCGAAAUUUGAAUGCAAACAGUUAACUAUUAAAUGUAAUUAAAUAAUAUGCAAUUAAAUGUUUUUAUGGAUUACUGUGUAACAUAAUAUUUAUUUUUUGGAGUGUUUAAACGUUGUAAAGUGUAUGAACAAUUAACUUCUACUAGCAACAAAUGUACUGUUAUUCAUGGUUUUGCUGGAAAAUUCUUGACCUGAUUUCAAACUCAUAACAUAAUUUGCACAAAAACACUUCAAACGGCAAUCUAUAGCUUUGAAGUGCGCUUCUCUGUAUUUUCAAGCUGCUACAGCAAAGCCAUGUAUUAAAUUUAUAGUUAAAGAAGCUACAAGUCCAUUUAGCAAAACCAACAUUUUAAAAUGUCAUUAACAAAACAAAUAUUUAUAUAUAAGAAAAAUUCUAUUGAAAUUUUGAUGUU